GCUGACUCGCCGGCAAAUGAAAACAUUGAAUAAUCCCAAAGCAUGCUGAACUUAUCCGUGGUGCUGCGGGUGCAAUCCUCCCGGCAGACGGCUUCCUUUGCCACAGCGGCAGCGGUGAAGACGCAAAUAAAACCCCCAAAGGCGAAGCCAGCCAAGAACAAGCCAAGGAACCAGAGGGAUCAGGCCCUAAUCUCCUGCAGGAGAAGCCAGUUCGAUUUGACCCACUACGAGCGGGAGGAUGCCAAGUUCGGGAGCCUUUCGCUGGCCUCCAAGGGCUGGCUGCACAACAAGUCCAAGGGGGACUACUUCAUCCUCAAUGCCAGCGUGGGAGCAGAGGAAGUGCAGCAGGAAAUGCAGGCCAUCGAUGAGUUUCUCGAGGGCUCACAGCUGAAACUUCAUCCGCUCCUCCUGGAGAACCUGCGGGGUGAACUGGGCAUCAAGCUGGUGACUGGAAUACAAAAGCAGGGAAUGCCCAUUGUCCAUGGCAAGGAGCACUGCCUGAUUGCCGCUGAAACGGGGUGCGGGAAGACCCUCACUUAUCUACUGCCCAUUCUGGACAAGCUGCUCCAAAGGGAAGCUGCUCCGGAUCGAAAACUCAACACUCCCCGGGUCCUGAUCCUCACGCCUGGCCGGGAAUUGGCCACCCAGAUAGCUGGGGUGGCGGAGAAGCUCCUCCAGGGCUCUAAUCUCAAGGUGCAAUCUCUACUCGGCGGCAACACGAAGCAGCUGAUGAUGAAUCCGGAAUUCGAGGAGGUGGACGUACUGGUGGCCACCCUGGGGGCUCUCAGCAAACUGGUGACCACUGGAAUCUACCGCAUGGAGCAGGUUCGUCACCUGGUUCUCGACGAAGCGGACACUUUGCUGGACGACACAUUCACGGAUAAACUGACGUACUUCUUGAGGAGAUUUCCCUUCCACUUGCUGCAGAAGGAGGAUGCUGGCACCCAGCUGAUCCUGGCCUCGGCCACCAUGCCCACGAACACCAGGGAGAUCCUGCACAAAGUCAUCGAUGUAGACACCAUCCGCGAGGUGGUCAGUCCCCAUCUGCAUCGUUUAAUGCCCCAUGUGACGCAAAAGUUCCUAAGGAUGUCAAAGGCCGAUCGUCCCGCCACAAUCCUCUCGCUUGUCAAGCAGGAUCUCGUCAAGCGUCGCCCCCUGAUUGUGUUUAGCAACAAGUCCACCACCAGCGACUAUGUCUCCAUUUUCCUGAACAACAGCGGAGUGAACUGCCUGAAUCUGAACGGCGAUAUGCUGAUGAAGAUCCGCUUGGGUCGCUUUGAGCAGUUCCAGAACGGCAACUGCGACGUUCUCUCCACCACCGACGUGGGAAGUCGUGGACUGGACACCACGCGAGCCCGUCACGUGGUCAACUUUGACUUUCCCCUGCAUGUUUCGGACUACAUCCAUCGGUGUGGGAGGAUCGGACGGGUGGGCAACUUGGAAAAGGCGCUGGUCACGAACUUUAUAUCCUCUCGCCGGGAAAUCGACGUUGUCCAGCGGAUUGAGCAUGCCGCUCGAACGGGCGGACUGCUGCCGGAUGUGAAUGCCAACAUACGGAACAUCAUCAACAAGCGAAUUGUGGCCGAGAUGAAGGCGGCGGGAGUGCCGGUUCCGGUUUUGGGAUCAGGGAAUGGAUAUCCAAAUCAGGAGGAGGCCUUCUAGUCUUUAAAUGAUUCUUGUAAAUGAUCUUAAUAUUCUUUUCUUGAUAAGUGGAUAGCAGAUGGAAGUCUAAAGUAAAAGAGUAGUUUUAUUGA